CGUUGGCACAGAGUGAUGGUGAGGGCUGGUGGCAAGGGCAAAGCCUUUGGUUACUCUUUUAUUGACUGAUGCCUGAGAAACCCUGGGAGAAGAUAUCCUUUCGUGGAGUCAUCUUCACCACCAGGCAGGAUGCGGCUCCGGUUGUGGCUGGUGACCGGCGUGCUGGCGGCAGUCCUCGGCACGACCUUGCCCCAGGAGACCGUGUGUCGGGCACCAGAUGGCAAGAACGGCGUGCCGGGGGUCCCUGGCCUUAAUGGGAGGCCAGGACAGAAAGGGGACAUGGGAGAGCCAGGGAAACCAGCGCGAAGAACCGGCAUCCGUGGGCCCAAAGGGGAUGAAGGCGAGCCGGGGCCUCCUGGCAACCCAGGAAAUCAAGGCUACCACGGUCCAAGUGGCCCCCCUGGGCUCCCAGGAGAGCCGGGGCCGAAGGGGGCCAAGGGGAAGGCUGGCAACAUCAAGGAGCAGCCACGACCUGCCUUCUCGGCCUCGCGGAAGUACCCGCCACAGAGGGGCAACACCGUGGUGUUCGACAACGUCAUCACCAACCAGGAAAACUCCUACAACGCCCUGACCGGGGUGUUCACCUGUCGCAUCCCUGGCCUUUACUACUUUGCCUACCAGGUCAUCUCCAGCGGAGACCUCUGUCUGAGCAUCACCAAGAACAGGGAGAACGUGGUCAGCUUCUGCGACAACAACAGUCGCAAUAUCCUGCAGGUGAACUCGGGCAGCAGUGUGCUCAGCCUGGCCAAAGACGACACGGUCUCUGUGACCACCAACCCCCUGAAAAUCAACAUGAUUUACAGCGGCUCCGAGGCAGACAGCGUCUUCAGUGGCUUCAUGCUGUUCCCGCAAACGGGCUGAUGGACCAUCGGCUUCCCGCUGGCCAGCCCGGACCUGACCCGCUUAGCACCAGAGCAUCGCCGUGUGCAUGUGCGUGUGUUUUUGUGCCCCACAAGCGCAUAGGGUGGCUUUAUGUCACGGCUGUUGGGGCUGUCCUAGCACAGGGGACAGCCGUGAACUCUGCUACUGCCCCAGGACUGUGCUUCUACCAGUGUCAUGAAGUGUCCGGGCUGCAGGUGACCACCGCAGCGAUGAGACCUUUGCCUCCAGGCUGGGCUGAGGACUCUCGGCUCCAGCAGCGCUUUCUGCUCCCGUGUUCUGAUGUCCCACGCCAGAGGGGAUCAGUUGUCACCAGGGCCAUUCAACAGCUGUGGCUCUUUGUUCCCGAAUGGGAAAUCGCCACAUGCCACCGCUUUUGCUGCACUAACCAUUGCAAACGCCUUUCUGGCACAAGGCCACUAUUGCCUUUCACAUCCUUCCCAUCGGCACAAAUAAAGCCCCUCUUCCCUGACA